AUGGCUCUUGCUGCUUCUCCGGCUGUUAGGGCUUGCACCCUACCAGCAGAUUCUGCUCGGCAAACCACGGCUACUACCAGGUCUGCUGUCAGCACUGGUGCUGCUGCGCCGCUGUCCAGCCGGUUCCUGGGAUCGCGAGUUUCCACAAAGGCUGUAAAGGCCGUGCAAGUGAAGGGGAACUGGAAGGCUGGUGCUGCGCGUGCCACUGCCACUGCCGAUCCUUCAACAUCCACCUAUGUCGUGCCGGAUCUUGAUCGCGAUGACGCACUGAUGCUCUACGAAGACAUGGUGCUGGGACGCACCUUCGAGGACAUGUGCGCUCAGAUGUACUACCGCGGAAAGAUGUUCGGCUUUGUUCACUUGUACAACGGUCAAGAGGCCGUCUCUUCUGGUAUCAUCAAAUACCUGCGACAGGACGACUACGUUACCAGCACAUACCGUGACCACGUGCACGCGCUGAGCAAGGGCGUGUCCGCACGCCAGGUGAUGGCGGAGCUGUACGGCAAGACGACGGGGUGCUGUCGCGGGCAGGGCGGGUCCAUGCACAUGUUCUCCAAGGAGCAGGGCGUGCUCGGCGGCUUCGCCUUCAUCGGCGAGGGCAUCCCCGUCGCCGUCGGCGCCGCGUUCGCCGCGAAGUACAACAAGGAGGUGCUCAAGCAAGACGCGGACCAGGUCUCAGUGGCCUUCUUCGGCGACGGCACGUGCAACAACGGCUCCUUCUUCGAGUGCCUCAACAUGGCGGCGCUCUGGAAGCUUCCGGUGAUCUUCGUGGUGGAGAACAACCUGUGGGCCAUCGGCAUGAGCCACCUGCGCUCCACGUCGGACCCCGCCAUCUGGAAGAAGGGCCCCGCGUUCGGCAUGCCCGGAGUCCACGUGGACGGCAUGGAUGUGCUCAAGGUGCGCGAGGUGGCGCUGGAGGCCAUUGAUCGCGCCAGGCGGGGCGACGGCCCGACGCUCAUCGAGUGCGAGACGUACCGCUUCCGCGGUCACUCCCUGGCCGACCCCGAUGAGCUUCGCUCCCCUGAGGAGAAGGCCAAGUACGCGGCGCGCGACCCCAUCAUCGCUCUGAAGAAGCACAUCCUGGAGUCGGGCCUCGCGUCCGAGGCCGACCUCAAGGCGAUUGAGAAGAAGAUUGAUGACGUUGUGGAGGAUGCUGUUGAGUUUGCUGAUGAGAGCCCACUGCCGGAGCGCCAUCAGCUGCUGGAGAAUGUGUUUGCUGACCCCAGGGGCUUCGGAAUCGGAAUUGACGGCACCUACAAGUGCGAGAACCCAGACUUCUCGUCCGGCACCGCACAGGUGUAA